AAAGCAUAAAAGGUUACCAGAAAAUUAGCCUUCUCUCGUACUAGCUAACUAAAACUCUCUCCAAAUAAGAUAAAUAUAACUAACAAUAGAUCUUUACAAAAAAACCUCUCUCAACAAAAGCUCCCUUCGCCCUCUAAGGCGGGAUUAGCCUGUUCUUGUAUGGCUAGCAGGGAUAGCUUCUCCUCAGUUGUCUCCUGGUUAGUUUGUAUAUAUCGAGUAGAUAUUUUGCAGGUCCAAGGUUUGAUUGGAGAGGUUACUUUUCUCAAUUUGUUCGUUUGGUAUUUUGGUUGUUCGCCUGUAGAUCCUUUUGUUGGCAAUGGGUGGUUGUAGAUGGCACAUGGAAUAGGCGUCAAGCUUAGAUGAGUGCUGAUUCGACCUCUCUUAUUGCAAUGGAGACUACGACGCCAUGGUGCUAAUUUUUUCACCCAUUGUCGAUGUUGAUGGCAUGAUUCAUGCCCCUGUGGUAACUCUUGGUUCAGGUUUCCAAAAGAUCCUCAAGUGGGCUGGAUUUGUUUUUGGGUUGGACUUUUGUUUGACUUAUGGAUGUACUAAUACUUGUCGAGCCAGUCUGAACAGGAAACAACACUCAAGUCUCAAAAAGUGGAAGAAGUAGAAGAAGAAGAAGAGCAGCAGCUGAAAACUGUAAUUAGCUCUUCUCUCCUUCUCUUGAUUCAGUCAAAGUCUUCCCUUUCACAUUCUUCUUCUUCUUCUUCUUCUUCUUCCUCAAAAACUCAUUUAAAUACCCCAUCACACACCCACCUCUCUUUACCUGCAACCCACAAGGCAAUGAAUCUCCAAAUUCUGUUUUUCCCUCUUUUCUUUUCCUUUCUCUUCUCCAUUUCCUCAGCUCAAAUUUCGCCGGGUUCUUCUCUAUCCGCUUCUAAUCUAAACCAGACCUGGCGUUCCCCCAAUAGUACAUUUUUUCUGGGUUUUCUCCAGGUGGGUUCCGGCUAUGUCGCCGCCAUCAACUACUUUGGCGGUGUCCCCAUCUGGACGGCUGGUAACCCUUCUGUCGUCGUUGAUGUUGGUGGAGCCUUCCAUUUCCGCGCUAGUGGCACUUUCCAGCUAGUCAACAGCUCUGGUUCUGUUGUAUGGGACUCUAAUACUGGCCAUCUCGGUGUUACCUCCGCCUCGCUGGAUGAUUCUGGCAAUUUAGUGCUGCGAAAUAGCUCUGGGGUUACGGUCUGGUCCAGCUUUCAGAAUCCUACGGAUACCAUUGUCCCCAAUCAGAAUUUCACGGUAAAUCAAGUUAUUAAAUCUGGGUUAUACUCUUUUCAGCUUCUUAAUUCUGGUAAUCUCACGCUCAGAUGGAAUGAUAGCAUAAUUUACUGGAAUCAAGGUUUGAAUUCAUCUAUUGAUUCUAAUUUGAGUUCACCAGUUUUGGGAUUGCAGCCAAUUGGGAUUUUAUCCAUAACUGAUGUUACUUCAACUAGUGCAUAUAUAAUGGCUUAUAGUAAUGAUUAUGCAGAAGGUAGUGACAUAUUGAGGUUUUUGAAGCUGGACAGUGAUGGGAAUUUGAGGAUUUAUAGUUCUGCUUUAGGUAGUGGAACUACAACUAUGAGAUGGGCAGCUUUGACUGAUCAGUGUCAGGUUUUUGGAUAUUGUGGGAACUUAGGGAUUUGUAGUUAUAAUGAUUCCAGUUCAAAUCCGAUUUGUGGAUGCCCGUCUGAGAAUUUUGAGCCUGUUGAUGUGAAUGAUAGCAGAAAAGGGUGUAAAAGAAAGGUGGAGAUUGAGAAUUGUCCUGGCAGUGCUACAAUGUUGGAGAUGGAUCAUGCCAAGUUCUUGACUUACCAGCCUGAGCUAUCGUCUCAGGUUUUCUUUGUAGGAAUAUCAGCAUGUAGGUUGAAUUGUCUUGUGAGUGGUUCUUGUGUUGCUUCAACAUCUUUAUCCGAUGGAACUGGGUUGUGUUACUUGAAAACACCAGACUUUGUUAGUGGUUAUCAAAAUCCAUCACUUCCUAGCACUUCAUAUGUCAAGGUUUGUGGACCGGUGCAACCAAACCCUUCUGCUAAUUUGCAAAUUGGUGGGAACAGAAAAAGUAGACUGCAUGUGUGGCUUGUUCUUGUUGUUGUUGUGGUUACCCUUGUUGGUUUGGUUGCUAUCGAGAGUGGUCUGUGGUGGUGGUGCUGUAGAAAUAGUCCCAAAUUUGCAAGUUUGUCCGCACAGUAUGCACUCCUUGAGUAUGCGUCUGGUGCACCAGUGCAGUUCUCUUAUAACGACCUGAAUCGUGCAACAAAGGGAUUUAAGGAGAAGCUUGGAGCGGGAGGAUUUGGAGCUGUUUAUAAAGGGAUUCUUGCUAAUAAAACAGUAGUUGCAGUAAAGCGACUUGAAGGAAUUGAACAGGGUGAGAAGCAGUUCAGGAUGGAGGUUGCAACUAUAAGCAGUACUCACCAUCUGAAUUUGGUUAGAUUGAUUGGAUUUUGCUCUGAGGGACGGCAUAGGCUUUUGGUUUAUGAGUUCAUGAAAAAUGGUUCACUUGAUAAUUUCCUUUUCACGACAAAUGAGCACUCAGAGAAAUUGUUGAACUGGGAGCAUAGAUUUAACAUUGCCCUAGGGACUGCUAGAGGAAUUACGUAUCUUCACGAGGAAUGUCGAGAUUGCAUUGUUCAUUGUGAUAUCAAGCCAGAAAACAUCCUCUUAGAUGAGAACUACAAUGCCAAGGUGUCAGAUUUUGGUCUUGCAAAGCUCAUAAAUCCUAAAGAUCAUCGGUAUAGAACCCUUAGAAGUGUUAGAGGGACAAGAGGAUAUUUGGCGCCAGAGUGGCUUGCAAAUCUUCCUGUAACUUCCAAAUCUGAUGUUUACAGUUAUGGUAUGGUUUUGUUGGAGCUAGUGAGUGGAAGAAGGAAUUUUGAGGUCUUGGAUGAAACUAAUCGAAAAAGGUUCUCUUUGUGGGCUUAUGAAGAAUUUGAGAAGGGUAAUGUGAAUGCGAUUCUUGACAAAAGGCUUUUUGAUCAAGAUGUGGAUAUUGAGCAAGCAACAAGGGCAAUUCAGGUGAGCUUUUGGUGUAUCCAAGAGCAACCAUCUCAAAGGCCAAUGAUGGGAAGAGUUGUGCAAAUGCUAGAAGGAAUCACAACGAUCGAGAAGCCUCCAGCUCCAAAGGCAAUAACCGAAAGUUCAGCUGGUGGCACAAGCAUCAACAUGAGCAGCAAUGGCAGUGCUUUCUCAACUUUUGCUGCUUCAGCUUCUGCCCCAGCUCCCUCAUCAUUUUCCUCAUAUCAGACCACUGGAGUUUCGCCUUUGCUUUCAGGGAGGAACAUUGAAAACAAGGUACCUUCGUCACAACUAGGCUCUGAUCGCAACUGAAACACGUUUUCACACCUUGUAAUUCAACCACAUUACGUGAUCAUUGAGCGUGAUAUAAUCUUGUAAAAAAGUUGUUCUUAUUCUUAGAUAUGUCAUAUAUAUUUGUCAUUCAUACUCAUCUUGUAUCUUGAAUUCAUGAUAGACCGAGUCUAGGUCAUUGCUGAGAUUCUAUAGCAUGCUAAUAGAUCCGCAGAAAACAUUGUACUCUUCCCUUUUCUUCUGGGCAUGAAUAAUCUCAAAAAAUGCUCAAAUGAUUUGAGUUAAA